UGUUGACUCAUUCUGAAAGGAAAUUGCACCUCUUACACAGUUCAUUUGGAUGGGUGUGAUGACAUGGAAAACAGCACAUUUUAUUAGUCUCCCCAAAUCUUGAGGAAGAGAUGCUUCCGUGGUCCAACUAUCUCAGACAGAGCCUAUAUAAUAGGUUGCUGGUGAUUCUAUUGAUGACAAUCUACCAAGACUUAACAGGUGAGACAGGAGGUGUCCAGGCCUGGACAUAUAACUACAGCGUCAACCAGAAUCUGGACUGGGAUUCGGCCCGCCAGUGGUGCAGGCAGGACUACACGGACAUGGUGGCCAUCCAGAACCAGGAGGAGAUCGUCUAUCUCAACACCAUGCUCCCUAAGAACUCACAAUACUACUGGAUCGGCCUCCGCAAGGUGAAUGAGAUGUGGACCUGGACGGGGACUAACAAGACACUGACCAAAGAGGCGGAGAACUGGGCCAUCGGGGAGCCCAACAACAUAGGGGACGGACAGGACUGUGUGGAGAUCUACAUCAAAAGAGGAAAGGACGAAGCCAAGUGGAACGAUGAGAGAUGCACAAAAAAGAAGGGAGCCCUCUGCUACACAGCUUCUUGCUCAGAGCAUUGCUGCAGCGCCCAUGCAGAGUGUUUAGAGAACAUAGGGAACUACACCUGCCAGUGCGACCCUGGCUUCAAGGGCCCCCGGUGCCAGGAAGCCGUAGAGUGUGACACUGUGUCGGACCCAGAGCAGGGUUCAGUGAACUGUGACCAUCCUCAUGGGCUGUUUGCCUUCAACUCCUCUUGCCAGUUCCACUGUGCCCGGGGAUACGAGCUGCAGGGGGCAUCACAACUGCUCUGCCAGGCCACAGGGUUCUGGGACCACCCUGCCGCUCAGUGCCAAGUCAAACAGUGUCCAGCGCUGGACAGUGGUCCUCAUAGAGGGACUAUGAACUGCAGUAACCCCAUCGCCCUGCACAGUUAUAACUCCACCUGUGAAUUCAGCUGUGAUUUGGGGUUUGACCUAAUAGGACCAGACAGGAUUCAGUGUGACCACACAGGACAGUGGACAGGCAACGUCUCCACCUGCACAGUGGUGAGGUGUGGCCCCCUGUCCCCUCCUGCCAUGGGGAACAUGUCCUGUGUGGAUCCCCUGGGGGCUUCCUCUUUCACCUCCUCUUGUGGGUUCUCCUGUGAGGAGGGCUACCUGCUGAGAGGAGACACCAACCUCACCUGUUUAUCUACUGGACAAUGGACCAACCACACACCUGCAUGUGAACCUCUGCAGUGCGACACCUUAACCUCUCACCUGCAUGGCUCCAUGAACUGCUCUGGCCUCCAUGGUCAGUUCCACUACGGGUCCCAGUGUCGGUUCUCCUGUGAGGAGGGGUUCCUGCUGAACGGGUUGGCUGAUACAGAGUGCACCUCCCUGGGCACAUGGAGCAGGAGAGCCCCUCUCUGUCUGGCUCAGCAGUGCGACAUCUUAACCUCUCCCCCGCAUGGUUCCCUGAACUGCUCUGACCUCCAUGGUCAGUUCCACUACGGGUCCCAGUGUCUGUUCUCCUGUGAGGAGGGGUUCCUGCUGAACGGGUUGGCUGAGACAGAGUGCACCUCCCUGGGCACAUGGAGCAGGAGAGCCCCCCUCUGUCUGGUGGUGAGGUGUGGCCCCCUGUCCCCUCCUGCCAUGGGGAACAUGUCCUGUGUGGACCCCCUGGGGGCUUCCUCCUUCACCUCCUCCUGUGGGUUCUCCUGUGAGGAGGGCUACCUGCUGAGAGGAGACACCAACCUCACCUGUUUAUCUACUGGACAUUGGACCAACCACACACCUGCAUGUGAACCUCUGCAGUGCGACACCUUAACCUCUCCCCCGCACGGCUCCAUGAACUGCUCUGGCCUCCAUGGUCAGUUCCACUACGGGUCCCAGUGUCUGUUCUCCUGUGAGGAGGGGUUCCUGCUGAACGGGUUGGCUGAUACAGAGUGCACCUCCCUGGGCACAUGGAGCAGGAGAGCCCCCCUCUGUCUCGCUCUGCAGUGCGACAUCUUAACCUCUCCCCCGCACGGCUCCCUGAACUGCUCUGACCUCCAUGGUCAGUUCCACUACGGGUCCCAGUGUCUGUUCUCCUGUGAGGAGGGGUUCCUGCUGAACGGGUUGGCUGAGACAGAGUGCACCUCCCUGGGCACAUGGAGCAGGAGAGCCCCCCUCUGUCUGGUGGUGAGGUGUGGCACCCUGUCCACUCCUGCCAUGGGGAACAUGUCCUGUGUGGACCCCCUGGGGGCUUCCUCCUUCACCUCCUCCUGUGGGUUCUCCUGUGAGGAGGGCUACCUGCUGAGAGGAGACACCAACCUCACCUGUUUAUCUACUGGACAAUGGACCAACCACACACCUGCAUGUGAACUGGUCCAGUGUGAGAACCUAUUGCCCAGACAGCCAUCUCCACCACCCACUCCAUCCUCAACCCCACCACCAACCCAGGGACCCUUCAUGAACUGCUCACACUACCUAGGGGAGUUUAGCUUCAGCUCUCUGUGCCUCUUCACCUGCAGCAAAGGUUACUAUCUGAACGGAACAGAAGAGCUGUCCUGCACCUCAGAGGGACAAUGGAGUGACCUUGUGCCCUCUUGCCAAAGAAACAUCAACUCUGUCCAAGAGUCCUCUAGGAUGCUGGUCUAUGCAGUGGUGGGAGCUGCCUCUGCUGCUGGGCUGUUACUACUGCUGGGACUGGGCAUGCUGGCCGCAAAGAAGCUCAGCAAGAAAGGUGACUUCCACUUUGAUAACUCGUUAUGGGAGGAAAGAGAGAACCCUGCUUUUGAAAAUUCUUAAAAAAUAAUGUGCUUAAUGACAUUGUACUGUAAAACAAGGUUUUGUAUAACAAGUUAAUUGCUUUCAAUGUAUUUAAAGCCAUCACUGUUCCUUCUAUACCUAUUUUUGUGUAUGGGCUGUUAAAGCUAAAAUAUAUAACUUUUGGGCGACCCGACCAGAUUCACAUAGAAAUGUGAGUUAUAGAUAUGUAAUUAUUGAAAAUAAGUCUAAGAAGCUGUUAUAUCUGUUCUAUGUAUACUAUUUCUAUGCUUCCCAUUCUUAAAUUUCGAUGGGGAGUCAGUAGAGGUUAAAGCUAAAAUAUAUAACUUUUGGGCGACCCGACCAGAUUCACGUAGAAAUGUGAGUUAUAGAUAUGUAAUUAUUGAAAAUAAGUCUAAGAAGCUGUUAUAUCUGUUCUAUGUAUACUAUUUCUAUGCUUCCCAUUCUUAAAUUUCGAUGGGGAGUCAGUAGAGGUUAAAGCUAAAAUAUAUAACUUUUGGGCGACCCGACCAGAUUCACGUAGAAAUGUGAGUUAUAGAUAUGUAAUUAUUGAAAAUAAGUCUAAGAAGCUGUUAUAUCUGUUCUAUGUAUACUAUUUCUAUGCUUCCCAUUCUUAAGUUUCGUUUUUGGCAUCUUUUACUUUCUGGUUUUUGUACACCAGCUUCAAACAGCUGAAAAUGCUAUAUUUCUGGGCUAUUGAAAAUAUAUUUCACAGCGAUUUAGAUGGUACAAUGAUUCUCUGCACUCUGUUUUGUGUAAAUUAGGAAACCUAUUCAAAUUUUAGUAACUAGGAAAUGGCGGAGGCAUUUCUGCAUAUUUCACCUUUUUAAUGGAUGUUAGAUGUGUAGGAUUUUAAUUUGACCAGUAUUGUCACAGCAAAAUAAUCUUGCAUCAACAGGAUUUGAACAUUUAGUCCAUUCACACUUUUCCGUGAUGUAAUGUUGCUUGAUCGGUGGUUAGGCUAUUAGCUGGCCAAAAUUGGGCUACAUUACAGUGCAAUAAUGUUAAUAUAAUAGUGUGUUAGUGGUUUUCAGUGAAUUUAUGUCCAUCCUGCAGCGCAGGAAAAUUCUCAGCGACAACAGAUUGAUCAAAUGAAGAUCCCAUAUCUGAAUGUAGCUUGUAGUCAAACUCAUGGCUUUCUAUGUUUCUCAUCAUAUUCACUUGGACAAAUGUUGAAUUCAAUAUAUUGAGAUCAAUAGAAUGCGCAGAAUGUGCAGUGCUGUAAAAAAAAGAAUUUUAUUUUUACGAAUAACAAAACAAAACAAAAUAUAUAUACUUAUUUUAUAUAUUUAAUUAACAAA